AUGUGCUAUGCAGUUUUAUUUGGUUUGAAGUUUGUAAGAUAAAUUUAUUAAAAUCAACGUAUUGGUUAUAUUACAUGAAAUUUAAAUUAAUAUUUGGUCUGUAUCUUCAACGAGAAAUACAUUGAAUCAACCGACUUCAAUUUACCUGUCAUUUAAUAUUAUUGAAGUAUUUGCAUAUAUAAUUUAUUCUUUUUUUAUUUAUUUAUUAUAUACAUUCAAUUCCAUUAGUAAUUCUAAUAAAUUUUACAAGUAAUUUUUUGUAAUAAAAAUUCAUCGAAUAUUUUAUUAAAUCACAAUUACGAUCAUAAAAUAUAUUUGUCGUGUUUUAUUUUCAUAGUUGUAAGUUUAUUAUUUUCUAAAUUUGCAUAUGAAAUGGCCUGGCCUGGGAGAUUUCAUGCAAAAAACAAUACUGAUCUUAUACAACAUCUUAAAUGUAAGUGAUAUAAAUAUUAUUUUGCAGCUAUAUUAUUAUACCUAUAUACUAUUUAUAUAUUUAUAUGUAUUAUAGAUAUAUAUUGUGUAUAAUAUAGAUAAUAUAAUAUACAUAUUAUAAACAUACAUUUCAUACAUUACAUACAUACAUAUACAUACAUUAUAUUAUAUACAUACCUUUUUAAUUUAGCUUCAAGAAUAAUUAAAUCAGAUAAAGUUUACGAAGCAAUGGCUUCUGUAGAUAGAGGAAAUUAUACCCGCUCUGGCUAUGCAUAUAUAGAUUUUCCACAGGAUAUUGGCUAUGGUGCAACUAUAAGUGCUCCUCAUAUACAUGCAUAUGCUUUAGAAAUACUUAAAGAUAAAUUACGUGAUGGCGCUAGAGCAUUAGAUGUUGGUUCUGGUUCUGGAUAUUUAACAGCAUGUAUGGCGAUGAUGUUAGGCUCAAAUGGGUUAACUAUAGGUGUUGAACAUAUUCCUGAACUUAAAGCAUUUGCUAUGCAAAACAUUCAAAAAGAUAAUCCAGAACUUCUUGAAAAUGGACGCGUUCAAUUAGUUGUUAAUUGAUCAGUUAGCUCCUGGUGGGCGUUUGGUAUUACCAGUAGGCCCAAGAAAUUCACAGCAAAUAUUAGUACAAGUUGACAAAACAAGGGAUGGAAAAAUUAAGAAAACGACUCUUGCAAUUGUAGCUUUUAUUUCAUUAACAAGUAAAGACAAACAAUAUCCUUCAUGAGAUACAUGUAUGCUCCAAUAAGUGAACAGGCUUUUUUCUGUGAAUUAAAUGUAAACGAUCAAAUUAAAAAACAUUCAAGAUAUUUCAAAUUAUAUAUAAUAUAAUCGUAAUUACAAAUAUUCAUAAAAUAUAGAUAUUAUUAAUAUAUAUAUCAUCAAAUAUAAAUAUAUAUAUCACAUAAUAAUAAUAUUAUGUAGAUAUACAUUAAGAAUUUAAUAAACACAUUAAUAGUGAA